ACUACAGGAACAUCUGUCCAUUAGUAGAGAGGAGAGAUAAUUAAAUAGGGUCGGACCAUUUUAAAUGACUAAAAAAUGGGUGAAAAUCAGCGUUCUCUGCUUCGCGUGGUAUUCCAGUUCGAGUUUGAACAAUGUCGUUGGAAAGCACCUCCUCACCCGCUACCCUCACCCGCUGACCCUCACGUUAAUCCAGCUAUUCUCAAUCACCAUCUACUCCUAUCCUUUGAUAAGGUGGUAUCUGGAGAGGGCCCCGCUGGGAAUUACUGUUCCGAAGAGUGUCUAUAAUUAUUAUAUUAUUCCACUGGCGGUGGGGAAGUUUUUGGCCUCAGUGGCGAGCCACGUUUCCAUUUGGAAGGUCCCAGUGAGUUAUGCGCAUACCGUAAAAGCCACCAUGCCUCUCUUCACUAUCACCCUGACGCGCCUCCUCCUUGGGACUCACCACUCCACCCUGACCUACCUCUCCCUCAUCCCCAUAAUCACCGGAGUCUCCAUCGCCUCCAUCACCGAGAUGAACUUCAACUUAAUUGGACUCACCACGGCCCUCCUAUCAACACUAGCUUUUAGUCUCCAAAACAUUUAUUCAAAACAAGUCCUCCAAAAAACAAAACUCCACCAGUUCGAACUACUCUUCAUUUUAGCCAAGUUGAGCUUCCUCUUUUUCACCCCGGUCUGGUUCCUCCUCGAUUUCAACAUAAGUUACGACGUGGAAAUAGUAUUUUACCUCUUUUUCGACGGUUUUUUAAGUUUUCUACAGAAUAUUUUAGCAUUUAGCUUUUUGAAUUUGGUGAGUCCGCUGGGGUACUCGGUGGCGAAUGCGAGUAAGAGGAUUUUUAUCAUUGGAGUUAGUGUGGUGGUGUUUAGGAAUCAGGUGGGAUUUAGUAAUUGGGUGGGGAUGGGGGUCGCCGUGGGGGGGGUGUUUUGCUAUAAUUAUGCCAAGAAUUGGGAGAGUGUGGAGAGAAAGAAGGUGUCGUUGCUGCCGUUGAAUAAUAAUUAUGUUUGAUUUAUUUAACGAUAUUUA